UAGUGCUUAGAUUUAUAGUUUUAAUAUCUUUUUGAUAAGUUUAUUUGUGUACAAUUUAAGUUUGCCCACCACGAUGGCGGUCUACCGCUGGCUGUGCAUCGGCACAAUCGUAUUAACUGUGAGUGCGUUUACCACCGCUCAAUACUACUUCGAGGAUGAGAAGGAAUCGAAAAGCAACAUCGUGUGGUGCGCGACCAGCUUGGAAGAAACGUACAAGUGUCAGAAUUUCACGAAGGCUCUCGAGCGAGACGUGGCAUUGUUUAACAAUUUCUUCCUCAACAUAUCCUGCCACCAUGGAUACGACCACGACGAGUGUAUGGCGUUGAUCAACGAGCGCAAAGCCGAUGUGAUGACCCUGGACGCCGGUGAGGUUUUCAGCGGUGGCCGAUUCCACUCGUUGAUACCACUGAUGCAGGAAGGUUAUGAAGGUGGCUUCACGCAGUACCAUGCGGUGGCAGUGGUUAAGAAAGGUUCCCUACCGGACGUGACAAAUUUGCGCCACCUACGUGGAAAGAAGGCUUGCUUCUCCUGGGUCGGUAGUCAUGCUGGCUGGACCGUUCCUAUUUAUACGCUUCAACGGGAAGGUGGCAUGGUCAUUACCGAUUGCAACAAUUUUGUAAAAACUGCGACCGACUAUUUCGGAGAAUCGUGCGCCGUUAAUGCAUUGAUCGACAAGUACAAUCCGAUUGGAGAUAACUCGAUCAAACUUUGCCAGCUGUGCACCGGUGAGGUGCCCGGUGGAAAAUGUACUCCGACUGACCCGUACGCUGGAUUCGAGGGUGCCUUCCGGUGCUUGGUUGAAGCGGGAGAUGUUGCCUUCCUCAAGCACACCACGGUGGAGGAGUUGGUCGACAGUGGCUUCAUUCCCGGCGUAACGGUCGAUCAGUUUGAGCUAUUGUGUCGAGAUGGCACUCGUCAACCGAUUUCGCAGUAUCGUCAAUGUGAAUGGGGUGCUGUUCCAUCGGAUGCAUUGGUAGUUUCGAGUGCGACGUCCAAAUCGGAUCGACUACGCUAUAAAAAGUUCUUUACAAACGCUGUCAAGCUGUACGGAUCAAAGCAGAAGCGUUAUAACAGCACUACAUCGUCGGUUUAUGAUCGACAAGACGAUCGUUACGGGCCGUCCCGGAACGGGUACUACUCGUCCACUACCACUUACUCUCCGUUCGGUGAAGACACUACCACCCGAAAUGAAACUCAACCCUACGAAACAUUCGACCUGUUUGAAUCGAAGCGCUACGGCCGUCGGUUGAAUUUAAUGUUCGAGGAUACGGCCCGCUACCUGGCCCCAAUCGAUGACGAUAAGCAAAAUUAUCAGAAGUUCCUCGGCAAGUCGUUGGACCAAAUCUACGACACGCGAGCCUGCCCCGUGGGUAGGAUGGUCAUGUGCGUCACUUCCGAUGCGGAGUACGAAAAAUGCAUCAAGAUGCGAACGGCUUUGAAGGCACAGCUCAUUAAACCGGACAUGAUGUGUAUGAAGGCACAUUCGCACAUCACCUGCAUGCAGUACAUUCAAUCCGGCACGGCCGAUGUGGCCGUACUGGAUGCGAGCGACGUUUACACGGCCGGACUGAACUACGAUCUGAUGCCUUUCAUGUCCGAGGUGUACGACCUUGGGCUUCCGGAGUACUAUGUGGUGGCGGUAGCUAAGGAGGAAGAUCCGGACACCGAGUUAACCUACCUGCGUGGAAAGUACACCUGUCACUCGGGUAUCAACACGGCUGCUGGAUGGGUUUAUCCGAUGGCGUACCUCAUCUCGAACGGCUGGAUUCGACCGUACGGUUGUGAUAGUAUUCGAGCGGCUGCGGAAUAUUUCACCAAAUCAUGCAUUCCUGGAGCGAUCAGCAAGGAGUACAACACCGGUCUGCCGUACGAUAAUAUGUGCGAUCUGUGCCACGGUAGUAGCUUCCGCUAUUGUCGCCGUGACGCGUCGGAAGACUACUACGGCAAUACGGGAGCGUUCCGGUGCCUGGUCGAGGGCGGUGGCCAUGUGGCGUUCGUACGGCACACCACAGUCAUUGAAAACACGGGUGGUAAGAAGCGUGAGUGGUGGGCACGUGAUGCACUUCCGGACGAUUUUGAGCUGCUGUGCCCAGAUGGCACCAGGGCGGAGGUGAACGACUACAAGAGGUGUAACCUAGGCAAGGUUAAGGCCAACGCUAUCGUCGCUCGCGGUGGUCGAGGAUUCAACGCCACGGAACAGAGCGCCUACGUCAAUCUAUUCAUCUACGCGCAGCAGUUUUACGGAAGAAAGUUCUCCGAUGACUUUAGCUUCAGCAUGUUCUACUCACCACCUCCGUAUCAUGAUUUGAUUUUCUCUGACGCUACUCGCGGCCUUCGCGUCGUAGAUGCCGACAAACGAUGGUUCGACGCGUACUUGGGCCCGGAUUUCAUGCGUGCCCGGCGUAUCACCGACUGUCAUGCAGGUGCGGGUAGUUUAGGGAUGAGUGCCUUCAGUAGCUUGCUGCUUGCCGUGGUAGUAUUGUUGUGGCAGAGGAAUGUCAUUUAGAAGCGAAACCACAGUUUUUCAUUGAAAUUCCAUUCUCGACGCCUAACGGGAAACAUCCGUCCAUUCUAAGGAACGAGACAUAUCCGUCCAAAAGAAUUAUUAUAGUUUAUAAUAGUUGAAGAAUCCUUAAAAUAUUCUAACAAUCUAAACAUUCCGCAUGCAAGAAAAAAGUCGUAGUGUAUCUUUUGUUUUCUGCUCUACUGUGAAUCUCUUCAAUUUGAAUUUUAAUACAUGCCAGCGUCGCAAGUAAUGAAAUCCCUGAAAAGGAUUACAGAAUUGUCCAAAACGUAUUGUACAAAUGAAUCAUAAUCCGUCCCCUAGUUAGAACAUUCUCUGCAUGUAUUGACGAGCCAGAGUGCACCAUUUAUCUUAUACGUUAACGUUUGACAUAUUUUCCAUUUGCAUUCCAGCAAAGUGAACAGAACACGAAUCAUUUCUAGUUAGUGAAAAUUAAGCAACGGUUUAAUUCGUCGAGCUGCGAACGUAUUUUGUAACUUCGAUAGAAAUAGAGAGAACAUUUUAAAUAAAAGCU